CAAAUAUCCGCCCUGCAGUGUUGCCACACGUUGAUACACUAGGUUAUCGAAAUAAACAGCUGAUUUUAGUUUUGUAAUAUAGAGCGUUUGCCGAGUUCAACUUCUAGAGGAAGUCUUUUAAAGCCCCAAUUGACAUACCAUCGAAAAUUCAUUGCUAAACCAUCUGGGAGAUGAGUUUUCCGGACAAGGCGGCGCGCACAAAGUGCUGGAACAACCGGGACGAGUAUUGGAAGUGUCUCGAGGAGCACGCUCCAAAGCACAGUUCUACCAGUGGGGAAAAGAUACCCACCCCCUGCCAGAGUCUUCGCAAAUCAUUUGAGCAAUCCUGCCCCGGUCAAUGGGUAAAGCACUUUGACCGCAAGCGCACUUAUGACCAGUUUAAGGAAAAAAUGGCCCAGGGUUACGAUCCCUUGGAGGAACGUACAAGGGCCGAAAAGCAGGCCAAUUGACCCCCGCCUAGGAUUCUGGGAGUACUGUUGGCCUCCUAAUAUCCGUAUUUGUAUACUGUUUUAUAGUAAAUAAAUAAACUAUCUAAUAACAUAGAUAUAUGACUACGAACAAAAA